AUGUCUCCCCUCAGGCUCGACAAUUUCGCAAGAAUGCGACACCACCGGCGCAUUCAGCCGCGUCUACGCGUACAGGAAGACUAUCAUCCACCCGCACGCGCGAUUUGGGCGCCCUACGACCACGGACACGCCCUCGAGCCUUGGUCUUGCCCCCACAGCCAGUUCCCAGGACCCGGACCCUCCCGCCCACGAUUCCGCGACUCCUUCCUUGCCCUGGACGUAAAUCGCGCACAGGGCGUGUUCAUCGAGAUGUUCAUCAUGACUGCGCUCGUGCUCGCCAUUCUCAUACUAGCGGUGGAGAAGCACAGCGCGACUCCAUUCGCUCCGGUCGGGAUUGGCCUUAAGCUCUUUGUCUGCCAUCUAUGGGCCAUGUUCUACACUGGGCACCGUGCGCCGCUCGAUCUUGUCCACGAGCUGCGGGCAGAGCCGCAGAAUGGACGCGGGCGCGGGCACAGAGCACUUCUCGGAGAAGCUGGUGGCCCGCAUGAGAGUGGGGUGGAGGAUAUUGGGGGUGCGGCUCGCGCCGCAUAG